UCACUGUGCCAAAGCUUCACUCGCGCACGCACUCACAGCAGAGCAGAGCUGAGGCGCGACCGUGUGCGCCGCAGCGUCGCGUUCACGCUUCUGCAAUAAAGCGGAAGCGUUUUUCUUCUAACAUUAUUUUAAACUGAUAACAGUGUGUCUGUCGGUGUCAGCUGCCUGUCCGCGGUCUGUGGACUGAUGUGGAUGUGACGCUAGAAUGGGAGAAUUCCGCUGGAUUUAACCGUAACUGUGGCAAUGGAUCCCACAUUCUCACAGCUGGGUAACAAAGUCUGUGUUUGUGUAGAUGAGGUCCAUGUGGAGGAUGUGGGGCCCCUGCGCAUGAGGAUGCGUGAGCGUCUGCUGUGGGACGAGCCGCUGCAGAUCUCCUGGCUAAUGGAGGCAGAGCCGUUCACCUCCUCCCUUCAGACGGGGGGUCCUGUGGCGGGCGCCAACAUGACUCUGGAGCAGAAGACCACUUUUGCCUUCGUCAUCUUCCUCUUUGUCUUCCUCUGCAUGCUGAUCGUGCGCUGCUUCCGCAUUCUGCUGGACCCCUACCGCAGCAUGCCCACCUCCACGUGGGCAGAUGGUCUGGAUGGCCUUGAGAAGGGCCAGUUUGAUAACACCCUGGCAUAGAGGACAGACAACUCAUGCAUUUACAUGCUGUAAUGAAGGCAAACAAUCAUUUCAGUUGAUUGCCAAACAUCCCAAAGUGAUCCGCAAACACAUAACACUGUAGAUUACAUACAAACAGAACAGCCAUUUUUUGUACGAACACAGACUUUUAAGUAAGGGAUAAAGAACAUCCAGGCGGUUUUUAUCACAGAAUAAAGCAUGACAGGUUUUAGUCUGUGAAAUAAAAGUCCGGAUGUACUUUAUCUGGCUAAGUACAUGGCUACUUGUCACAAAAUGUAAACCUUGGAAACAAAACAUUGUUUUGAGCCAUAAUAGUUUAUUAAAUCUUAAUGAAAGGCAAAGCUGACAGGAAUGAAAACGGCUGAAUGGAGCAUACACUAAUCUACAUAUUAUUCAGCCACAAGAUGGUGCCACACUGACAGACAGUCAUACAUAUUUAUGUGAAUGCAUUCACUGACAGCCAAGAUCAGGCCCGGAUUGGCUAAUCGGGAGGACCGGGAGAAUUCCUGGUGGGC